AUGGAUUCACCUACAUAUGCCAUGCCGCGAGCAAACAGGAUUAUCCUGUUUUCUUCCCUCGUUGGUUGCGUUUUCAUUCAAACUGUGUUUGCAAGCAUCCAGACAGAUUGCCUCGACAAGCACAACUUCUACAGAGACAAACAUAGAACCCCAGCUUUAAAGUACAGCACAACUCUUGCAGAUGAGGCUCAAAAAGUUGCAGAUGCUUUGGCCUCACAAACAGACAUAGCAGCUUCUCACGACAUGUACGACGCCAAUUACUUCAUUGCCGAAUGGCCCAGUCCAAGGACAAUCAGUGACGCAGUGGAAAACUGGUACAACGAAGGCAAUUCCUACAAUUACAAGAAACCAGAAGUCACCACAAGCAGCGACCGCUUCAUAGAGGUCCUGUGGAAUUCCCAUCAGACAUUGGGAUGUGGAUUUGCCAUAAAAGAAAAAGGAGAGGAUGUUCGCACUGUAGUGGUAGCGAUAUAUGAACCAGCUGGCAUCCGAGUCACUGUUGACGACUACAUUGACAACAUCAUGCCACCAAAACAACAAGGUAACCCACAGUUUUCUCUUGUCGCAGUUGACUAUUUCUUCAAAUACAAAAAUCAUAGAAACACACUGAUUAACACACAGUUCAGGCUGUAUAAGCCAAGUUACAUAAACCAAGGCACUGGAAUAAACUACAACACUGAACACAAUACUGAAACAUUAUACAAAGGUGGACAGACAGCUACCCAGAUCAGUGUAGUGGGACAGUCUUUUUAUUGA